UCAGUACUCGAAAAACCACACUUCUUCUUCUUCCUAGCUUCUCUCGAAAAAGCUGCAGUCAUGACAACAGAGAUCGACAGUCUCUGGAUCUUUGCUCUUGCUUCAAAAUGUAAGGCCCUCACUCAAGAAUCCAUUUUAUGGCCAAUUUUGAUCAUUGGCUUCGCUUGGCUUGCCAUGGCUUUGAUUUACUGGGCUCACUCUGGUGGUCCAGCUUGGGGCAAGUACAGGCUCCGAAAAGCUGCUCUGACUAAGCCAAUUCCUGGUCCUAGAGGUUUGCCUCUGAUUGGGAGCAUGAAUUUGAUGGGCUCACUAGCUCACCAUCGGCUAGCAGCUGCAGCUGAGUCUUGUGACGCCAAGAGGCUCAUGGCUUUCAGUCUUGGCGACACACGUGUCAUACUGACUUGCAAUCCAGAUGUAGCUAAAGAGCUAUUGAAUAGCUCGGUGUUCGCGGAUCGUCCGAUUAAGGAGUCCGCUUACAGCUUGAUGUUCAACAGAGCAAUUGGGUUCGCCAAUUACGGUGUUUACUGGCGUACUCUGAGGAGAAUUGCCGCGACCCACCUGUUCUCCCCAAAACAAAUCAAAGCUGCUGAGUCGCAGCGGCAAGUGCUUGCAUCCCAAAUGGUCACCAUAUUUGGGAAUAAACAAGAGAAUUUCGGCGUUCGGGAGUUGAUUAAGCGAGCUUCGCUCAACAACAUGAUGUGCUCUGUUUUUGGGCGCGAAUAUGAAUUGAAUUCCACAAGUUGGGAAGUUGAGGAGCUGAAGGAACUUGUCGAUGAAGGUUAUGAUCUCUUGGGUUUGCUCAACUGGACUGACCAUCUCCCUUGGCUCGCUAACCUCGACCUCCAGAGAAUCCGGUCAAGAUGUGGAAACCUCGUACCCAGAGUGAACAAGUUCGUUGGCAAAAUUAUCGCUGAACACCGAGCUGAACCGGCCGAAAGAAGCCGAGAUUUCGUCGACGUUUUGCUGUCUCUCCAAGGUGCCGAUAAAAUGUCGGACAGUGACAUGAUCGCCGUUCUUUGGGAAAUGAUAUUUAGAGGAACUGACACCGUGGCGGUUUUGAUCGAGUGGGUGCUGGCUAGGAUGGUGCUUCAUCCCGAUAUCCAGUCAAAAGUUCAUGCUGAGUUGGACAGAGUCGUUGGAUCACGUGGCGUUACUGAAGCUGACAUCGCCGCCAUGGAGUAUCUCCCCGCGGUGGUGAAGGAGGUUUUGAGAAUGCACCCACCGGGCCCACUUCUCUCAUGGGCCCGUUUGGCCAUCACCGAUACGACCAUCGAUGGGUAUCACGUACCUGCUGGAACUACUGCGAUGGUCAACAUGUGGGCCAUCACGAGGGACCCAGAGGUUUGGGAGAAACCACUGCAAUUUAUGCCCGAGAGAUUUGUUGCCAAGGAUGGUGAGGUGGAGUUUUCUGUGCUCGGAUCUGAUCUCAGGCUCGCACCUUUCGGGUCGGGUAGGAGAGUCUGCCCAGGAAAGAACCUGGGUAUGACCACUGUCAACUUCUGGGUGGCAUCGCUGUUGCAGGAGUUCGAAUGGCUGCCGGCCGACGACAAGAGUGUUGACCUGUCAGAGGUGCUCAGGCUGUCUUGUGAGAUGGCUAAUCCCUUGACGGUUCAAGUCCGCCCCAGGCGCAUGAUCAGCACAUCCCAGUAAAAUCAUUUGCAGUAAAAAGAUUUAAUAAAAAGAACCCAAAAAAAAAAAUCCAAAAAUUAGUUUCUUUAAUAAUUAAUUAGACCUAGGUCAUACAGCUUCUCAUCUCCUCUCUUAGCACAUGUGGAUCUCAUCUUUGUCUCUUCCUGUCUAAUAUUUGUUAGGUUUGUCUUAAUAUAAAUGCAAUUAAGUUUC